AUGCAGCAGCAGGUCAAAGGAAAGUUUGAGGAAACACAAGGUAGCUGGCUUAAAUAUAAAACAGAUUGUCUGAAAACGUUGCAGGAGACUCCACUCAAUAUGGGAAUAUAUUGCAAUGGAUCUUUUGAUCACAUGGUUUGCUGGCCACAUUCACCACCAGGAGAAGUCUCAGUUCCUUGUCCACCUUAUAUACCACAAACAGAAAAUGGAAGUGCAAGAAAUGUAUCCAGAGUCUGCUUGGACCAAGGGAUUUGGAAAACCAUUGGAAACACCAGCGAUAUUUGGAGCACGCGCUUAGAAUGCUUUGAAAUACAUAACAGCUCUAUAAACGUUCACCACCAUACCUUGCUGGUCACCCUCAAGAACCUUUAUACUGUGGGAUAUUCUUUCUCACUAGUUUCCCUUGUCUUAGCUCUGUUGAUAAUGCUGCUGUUUAGGAAAUUGCACUGCACAAGAAACUACAUCCACAUGAAUCUAUUUGCUUCAUUCAUCCUGCGAUCCAUAGGAGUCCUUAUAAAAGAUAGCAUGCAAUACAACAUCUUUUUUUUUGUUCAUUUUGGCUCUGAAAAGCCAGAUGAUGAAAAUGAAUGGAAUUCCGUCUUCGGUCCAGAGAAGAUAGCCCUUUGCAAGAUGGGCCUAUUAUUCAUGCAUUAUACCGUUGGAGCAAAUUAUUUCUGGCUUUUAGUGGAAGGAAUUUACCUCCAUAGGUUAUUGACCACUGUGCUCUCCGAGAAGCAUCAGCUGCUGAGAUAUGUCUUCAUAGGAUGGGGUAUUCCAGUUCUGUUUGUAGCUUCCUGGGGAAUAACAAAACAUAAACUGGAACAUGAACUAUGCUGGGCAACGAAUACAAGCAUGGCAAUCUGGUGGAUCAUUCGAGGACCAAUAUUAUUUUCCAUUGUUGUUAAUUUCUGCAUCUUCGUAAACAUUAUGAAGCUGUUACUUUCCAAACUUAAAGCCCAGCAAAUGAGCUUUCAUGAUUACAAAUUCAGAUUGGCAAGAUCAACCCUUGUGUUAAUACCAUUACUUGGGAUUCAUGAGAUUGUCUUUACCUUCAUCACUGAUGAACAAGUCAACGGUUUUUCCAGGGCUAUAAAAACCUUCAUUCAGCUGACAUUCGGCUCCUUCCAUGGUUUUUUUGUAGCACUUUUAUACUGUUUUUCCAACGGAGAGGUAAAAGCUGAACUGCACAAGCAGUGGUCCCGUUUCUUGCUGACAUACCCCUUUGUCUGCAGGCCAUGCUUACUUGGAAAGAACAUCAAGCACCUGGGGAGAUGUCCAAAGAAACAGCAUUUGAGCAAUAAUGGCUUCUCACUGGAGGUGACUCAGCCUCAGAGCACGCAAGUGGCAAAACAGAGAACAGGCUGCAGUGUGCAGCUAAGCCCCACAUUAAGGCAUAAUCCCAGAGCAAGCAUCUCAGACAGCAGUGAAGGAGAAUUUACCAAUGGGGAGACUACUGAAGAGGUCUUUGAAGAAAGUGAGAUUUAGAUGUGUAACAAAAGGAAAAACAGAGACUCCCUAUUCAAUCAGUGAUGCUUUACAUUACGCUUUGGGUGGAAGCGACUGGAAUUAGAGAUCAAGUGAAAGGAAAAGAUGAAAACAGCAUUUUCCUUCCAAUUCAUUCUUCCCAGGUAAUUCCUUCAUAUUGUAAGUGGGGAAAAAUGACAGCAUUGCUUCGGAACAGCAUGAAAUGGCUUCUCUUUGGUCCUUCAAAAGUUGGAUGUGAAAUCAGGAAUACAAGGGAUGGAUUGAUCACCACAUAAAAGCGUACUGCUUCUCUUAUGGUUCCUCUGGAACAUCUAGUAUUGAACGCUGCCAAGGACUAAAUACUGGUCUAUCUGUACUAUGGAUCUGAUCCCAUAAGACUCGGCUUGCCAUAAGGACAACAAUUACUUUUGUGAUGCUAUUAAAUAAGUAGCUGAAUUCCUGCAGUGAAUAAAUGAACUGGACUGAUAGUAGAGUU